UGAAAUCAACCGCACCAGAUCUACGCUUUAAAAUGAGGCAACAUCUAACUGGAAACCCGCUCAAAGUAAGGAAGUGGGUGAAAAGACUCAGGGUCCCUUUUCUCUUCCCCGUUUUCUCUCAGCCACAUCUCUCUUAUCCUAUCUCGGUAAAGAAGCUUGCUUGGCUAGGAGAGAGGUCAGGGACAAGAAGAUAGUGACGAGAAAGUUCCAUGAGACUCUCAGAAGUCCCAGCCUGAACAUCAAACCUGAAUAACCAGGAGAGAUGUGACCUCGGCAUACUUUCAGUGGUUUACCCUCUGCCCACGCUGCAGGUUUUUCAGGUCCUUGCUCGAGUGUGCGCUCACAGGCGUAAAUAAACGUGCUAUCAGCAGCCUGCGUCAGCCAGCCCAGCUAUUUAAGCAGGCUGGCAUCAGCAAACACAGCUUCCAAACCCAGGGCUUGCGCUUGCCUUUGCCUCUUCCACACUAAUGACAGACUGCCCCACUGAGAAGGGUCUAGCGGAGCACAGGUCACCAACUGGGCAACAUUCAGAAAGUUAGUCUUCCUAUGCUCAUUUUCCUGGGCUGUUACAGAAGAAGACUGGAAGAGGUAAUUUCCAAGGUUCUUCCCAGCUCUGAAGUUGUGUGUCAAAGCGCGCAGGGACCAUGUCCGCGGAGACCGCGAGCGGCCCCACGGAGGACCAGGUGGAAAUCCUGGAGUACAACUUCAACAAGGUCGACAAGCACCCGGAUUCCACCACGCUGUGCCUCAUCGCGGCCGAGGCCGGCCUUUCCGAGGAGGAGACCCAGAAAUGGUUUAAGCAACGCCUGGCAAAGUGGCGGCGCUCAGAAGGCCUGCCCUCAGAGUGCAGAUCCGUCACAGACUAAGGAGAUGGCAGGCAUUGACAGCUUCACUCCGUGAAGACCAUCUCUGUUUCUCUCCUCCGCUUAACCAAGCUGUUGUGGUUUUUCAGCAUAGUGUUGUAUGUUCCAUUGCUAGCUGUCCUGCUGUUUAGCACAGUGUUGUAUUUUUUUUCUAAAUGUACAUAAUUAGAAAAGAAAAUAACAAUAGGAAGCUAUGUGUAUCUUCUGUGUAAAGCAGUGGCUUCACUGGAAAAAUGGUGUGGCUUGCACUUCCCUUUGAGUCAUGAUGACAGAUGGUGUGAAAACCAUCUAAGUUUGCUUUUGACCAUCACCUCCCAGUAGCAAUUUGCUUUCAUAAUCCAUUUAGCAAUCUAGGCCUCUGUUGAAAAGAUAGUAUGAGGGAGAAGGGAACACAUUUCCUUCUGAACUUACUUCCUAAGUCACUUUCCUUAUGCUUCAUAUAAUACAAUGAUGGCUGAGUGAAAAUACAGAAGGGGUGUUUGAGUAUUCAGAUUUCAUAAACACUUCCUUGGAAUAUAGCUGCAUUAACUUGGAAAGAAGCCUGUUGGGCCAGAAGACAGAAACUCCAAAUGGCAAAAAAGCAAGCAUCUAAGAAAAAAAACCACCAAAGGUCUUGAAUUUACUAUAUUUAAAUGCAUUGGUUAAGUUUAUUUUGCUAAAUAAAGUGAACUGCUUUUUGUCUCUAAAAUGAUAUUCUAAAUAAAACCUUAACUUUUUGUUGAAGAUGCA